CAAACCGCCUUCCUUCCGGUCUCGUUGUCUCUCCUCCUCUCUCUCUCUCUCUCUCUCUCUCUCUCCAGCUGGUUUGAUGCGGAACGCAGGAGAGGUCCCCGCGCCGCCCCCGCCGCUCCAGCUGUUCCCACCGCUGUCCGCCCGCCGCCUCCCCAGCCGCCCCCUCGUUUUUCCCGAUGCAGCAACGACCAUGACAGGCAUCGCCGCGGCUUCUUUCUUCUCCAACGCGUGCAGGUUCGGCGGCUGCGGGCUCCACUUCGACUCGCUGGCGGAGCUCAUCGUGCACAUCGAGGACAACCACAUCGAUACAGACCCCCGACUUCUGGAGAAGCAGGAGCAGCAGCAGCCAACAUAUGUUGCCCUCAGCUACAUCAACAGGUUCAUGACGGACGCUGCGCGGCGAGAACACGAGACUCUGAAGAAGAAGGCGCAGCCCAAGUUGUCUCUGUCUCUGACGGGCAGCCUGUCCCGCAGCAGCGUUUCCACUCCGCCCCGCCACACCAGCGGGAGUCUCACCCCUCCGGUCACCCCACCCAUCACCCCUUCCUCCUCCUUUCGCAGCAGCACGCCCACAGGGAGUGAGUGUGAUGAGGAGGAGGUAGACUUCGAGGAGUCCGACAGUGAUGAGUCGUGGACCACAGAGAGCGCCAUCAGCUCCGAGUCCAUCCUCAGUUCUAUGUGCAUGAACGGAGGGGACGAGAAGCCUUUCGCUUGCCCCGUGCCUGGCUGCAAAAAAAGAUACAAGAAUGUGAACGGGAUCAAGUAUCAUGCCAAGAACGGCCACCGAACCCAGAUUAGGGUGCGCAAACCCUUCAAGUGCCGGUGUGGGAAGAGCUACAAAACGUCUCAGGGUCUCCGCCACCACACCAUCAACUUUCACCCACCCGUCUCCACCGACAUCAUCCGCAAGAUGCAGCAGUAGAGGCGGAGUGAUCGAGCAGCGCUCUCCCUCGGGCCACUUCCCGACCAUCUGAACACCACCAUCACCAGCAUUGGCUGUUUCCCAUUCCACCCCCUUCACCCACAACCCUCCCCCCUCUUCCUUAUCCCACUUUGCUAUGACGCUAGAUUUGACCGCAUGGUAUAAAUGUAUUAUUAUUCAUCCUUAACUUUUAUUCGAAAUGUUGAUUUUUUUUUAUGUAGUUCACGUUUUCUGUGUUUUGCACAUUUAAGCAAUCAUUUAUACAGUUGACUAUACUAUUCUUUGUGUUCAACAUAUGGUGCUUGUUGAUGAUGACGGCUCGUUGUAGUCUAAAGAACUGCCAGAACACGUCUCGAGUAGCCUUGCAUGUACAGUAAGCUGCUUGUUAAGGUAGCGUGGCGUCAAGAGGAAACAGGGAAGAUUUGAGUGUUUUCUUUUUUGUAGAGAAAGGAGGCAAAGUUCCCUGGUCUCUGUUGUAUUUGAACCUAAUUUGACAGAAUCUGAAUGUGUGUGAUAUAUAUUAAGUUUCAUUUCCUAGCAGACUUAAAUGUUAAUGAUCCAUUUUUUUUAUUUAGUUACUCUUCUGUUCAUAUCACAAGUUCCAAACCUCUGUUUUUUACUGCAAACACUUGUGUGUGAGCACCAAAGGCUGAUCUCAGGUGACGUUUGCAAGCUUUUCAGCUCCACGUUGCCACAUCGUUACCUAACGGUGACUUUUGCAGUUUUACGGCGACGGAUUGAAGCACUUUUUAAUAACAAGUUGCCAACAAGUCAGCAUUUCUUUUUUCCAAUGUUUCUCGUUUCUGGUGUACGUGCUGUAGCUACCAAAACGAGGCGAAAGGCCUUCAGAGCAGAAGUUUGCAAGUUGUACAUUUCUCCAGGGGAUAAUGUACACCAAACCUCCAGGGUUCCCAGUAUUGUCAGACUUCUGUAUCUACAGUAGUUGCCUUGAAAUGUAAAUCAUUCCAAUCAGUACAGAUCUUUGUAUUUGACAAAUUCAGCUAAGUGCAGACAAAACACAGACAGCCGCUCACCCCAAACGGUUUGCUGUUCGCCGACUACGGUCUUAUGAAACUAUCACGGAGUGAAGUUGUGGCUCGUCAUGUAUUUUGCUAGUUUAUGUUGAGCUGUGAGAAGAAAAACCAUGCAGUUUUCUAUUGUGUGCCAUAAAAACGCUCAGUUGAGGGUAUGUACAACACCAUUCAGAACCUUGAGAUAAUGAACCGCAGCUCAUGAAAUGCAACAAGAUGGUUGAUUUAUCAACUUUAAGCCAUUGGGUAACACUGCAUGGACAUUAAUGUUAGUGAGCAACGGUGCAUUCGAGAUAUGGGACAGUACUGUACUGCCGGUAUGGAGGAAAGUCUUUGAUAUAGUGUACAGUGAAUGUAUUGUUACGUGUUAAGUGCAUUAAAUUAUAUUUUCAUAUUGUGUAUGAAAAAGGCAACACCAGAGGUUGUUGGGAGAAAUAAUGUUGUGCUGUAUUUCUUCAAAAAGCUGCUUCAUGUCAACUUUUGUUACAUUUAGAAUAAAAAUUCCUCUGACGUGUG